CUUGUUGGGUUGUCUUGAGCUAGAGUCGAGUUAUAAACAUGAAUGGUUAUCAGCUAUUUAAGUUACAUCAAAAACUGUCAUCACAGCCAACAAAGAAACCCAACGAUAAAAAAAAUGCCACAAAAUUUGAUAUGAAACCAAACAUCAGAUUUGUUUGUUCUCCUCCUGGUAUAUUGUUGAUCAUAAACAAAAUUUUACUUUUAAUUGCAUGGGUAAUAAUCGCACGCUGGAAAAGUCAAUCAAUUUUAUACAGUCUUAUAUCAAAUAGUGUUUCAUUUUUCAUGGCUACUACUGUGAUACCUUGGUUAAUAAUCAUCGUACUUUUUUUGUUAUAUCUUUUUAAUGUUACCACGAAAAUUCCUAUCAACUGGCCUCUAACACUUUUAGCUCAUUGCAUCUUCUGGGUCAUUCUUAUAAUGAUAUCUUCAAUAAUUAUCGCCAUCAAUGCAAGAAAACAUCAUGAACCUGGAUUAGCAGCAUCGUCGGCAUUCGGAUUCAUUUCUUGUCUUGGUUUAUCAAUUGAGGGAAUCUUCCAUUUCACCGAAUAUAGAAGUUGAAGAUUACCGUUUAAUUCGAUAAUAUAAAAAUUUAAUACCACUCGAAGUAUUUAUGAAAAAAUAUCAAAAUACACAUAUCCUUUAUGUUAUAUAUUUUGUAUGUAAAAUUUAAUGUUUUAUUUUUGCUUAAGUCUUAUUUAUUUACGUUUUGUUUACAGUAGUUUUGUUAAAAAUUGCAUUUGAAAAUAAAUUAGUAAUUACAACUUAAA